CCACUUCAUGGCCAUACAUCAAGUAGACCUUGUUUGGGAUAAGCAAUAAAAAAAUAAAAAACCACUCAAAAAUGGCGACUUCUUUGGUGACAUCCAACUUGCAAUCUGUUGACCGAGAAAAAAUUUAUCUAUGGAUUACAGAAUUAACAAAUCCUGAAACUCGUGAAAGUGCUCUUUUUGAAUUAAGUAAAAAGAGAGAAGUUGUUCCUGAUUUGGCUCCUAUGCUGUGGCAUUCAUUUGGAACUAUAGCAGCUCUAUUGCAAGAUAUUGUAAGCAUUUAUCCAGCAGUAAGUCCACCUACUCUUACUGCUCAACAGUCCAACAGAGUUUGCAAUGCUCUUGCUCUUCUGCAAUGUGUUGCUUCACACCAAGAAACCAGAUCUGCUUUUCUGCAAGCUCACAUCCCAUUAUUCCUCUACCCUUUUCUGCACACUGUGAGCAAAACAAGGCCAUUUGAAUAUCUUCGUUUGACCAGUUUGGGAGUCAUUGGUGCUCUAGUUAAAACUGAUGAACAGGAGGUUAUCAACUUUCUUCUUACAACAGAGAUAAUUCCAUUGUGUUUGAGGAUAAUGGAAACUGGAUCUGAACUGUCCAAGACUGUUGCAACUUUCAUACUUCAAAAAAUUCUCUUGGAUGAAACUGGUCUGGCUUACAUUUGUCAAACUUAUGAGCGCUUUUCUCAUGUUGCAAUGAUACUUGGUAAAAUGGUUUUAUCAUUGGCCAAAGAACAGUCAGCUCGUCUUUUGAAGCACGUUGUCCGAUGUUAUCUUCGUCUUUCUGACAAUCCAAGGGCUCGUGAAGCGUUGCGACAAUGCCUACCUGAUCAGUUGCGUGAUAGCACUUUCUCAACAUGUCUUAAAGAUGAUAAGUCAACUAAACAGUGGAUGGCGCAACUUCUAAAAAAUUUGGAAACUACUAAUGGAAUGGUAGAUCCCCGAAUCACCGGUUUGCCCUCAAUGACUCAACCAUGAAAUGUUAAAAAAGAAUGAAUGCUCUUGUCUUGUCUCCAGCGAAAAAUCGAUCAGAAUUAUAAUACAAACUUGCUGUAUUGUUUUUUAUUGCAACUAA